AUGGAUAGAAGAACAUUUACUGUUUUAUGUCAUCACCUCAAAACCACUGGAGGAUUGAAGGGGAGUAAAAAUGUGGAUGUUGAAGAAAUGGUAGUAAUUUUUUUACAUAUAAUAGCUCACGAUAUUAAAAAUAGAAUUGUGAGACGUCAAUUCACACGUUCUGGUGAAACUGUUAGUAGAGAUUUCAAUAUGGUGUUAAAUGCUUUGUUACGUCUUCAUGGUGUAUUGCUAAAAAAACUUGUGGCAAUUCGUGAUGAUUGCACUGAUGAAAGGGUGAAAUGGUUUAAGAAUUGUCUAGGGGCUCUAGAUGGGACAUAUAUUAAAGAUAAUGUCUUAGCUUUAGAUAGGCCUAGAUAUCAAACCAGGUUGAACGAAAUUGCUACUAAUGUAUUAGGAGUAGUUUCACAAGAUAUGCAAUUUAUUUAUGUUUUGCCUGGAUGGGAGGGUUCAGCUGCUGACUCUAGAGUUUUACGAGAUGCUAUAAACAGGAACGGAUUUAAAGUUCCACAAGGAUAUUAUUACUUAUGUGAUGUUGGGUAUCCUAAUGGUGAAGGUUUCUUGACACCUUAUAGAGGACAGCGUUAUCAUUUAAAUGAUUGGACACACCCUCCAAAUAGUUCUCAACAAUUUUUUAACAUGAGACAUUCAUCUGCUAGGAAUGUAGUUGAAAGAGCAUUUGGGUUGUUGAAGGGAAGAUGGGCAAUUCUUAGAGGUCGAUCAUACUAUCUUGUAAAAAUUCAAUGUCGCAUCAUUCUAGCUUGUUGUCUUCUUCACAACUUGAUUAGAAGAGAAAUGCAUAUGAACCCUUUAGAGCACACAGAUCGUGAUAAUGGCAAUGAUAGUGACGAAGAUGCAUCAUUAAAGAUUUGGCAUCAUCAAUAUGUUUUGAUGAAUCACAAAAUCCCAGAGACGGAUGAAGACUGCCAGGAAUUUGGUCACUUUCCCGAGAGUUGCUUGCUUUUGAUAUCUCUGUUGCACGCUGUACAGCAAACUAUGAUAAGUAUGGUAUACCCUACUUUAAAAUUUGAAGAUUUGAACAAUAAAACUAUUUCAAGGAUAACAUGA